GUUUUAGGGCCAUCUCCUUUGAUUUUAUUCAUGGAAGUAACAUACAGAUGAUCUCUGUUUGUACUAAUAAGAUGCCAACUUGGGUUUCUGGAUCAGGAUGCUUUGCUUUCCGUUCUAUGGAAGUCCAUGCGUUUGGAGGGGUUAUAGGAUGACGUUUCGUAGUCACUAUGAUGGGGAGUUCUCAGCGUCCUGGGCUUAGUUUGGGCCGUUUGGCCAUUCAAAUCAAACAAUUGCCAUGCAUUCAAAUCAAACAAAUGUUAAGCUGUAGAAAGUACAGAACGGACGCAAGUAAACGUAAUGAUGCCUCCAAGUCUAGCAAUUUUGAUCAUGCUGCUGCUGCUGCUACACCUCAAGAACAUAUAUGCUGUGAAGGUCAAAAUCUUGUUCAUCUCCUCAAAUGUAUAAAGAGGGAGAUUGAAUUGACGAGACUCAUGGACCCAGCUUUACCUCACAAAAUAUGGCUCAAGCAACAAUUUUCUAUCGGGGUGAAUGAGGUCACGCGGGUUCUUGAACGCAUGCCCCCAAUUGAUGUAAAGGGAAGCUCUCCUGGACACCCUCUCACGACAACCCACAGAUUUUGCUGUAAAGCUUCCCCAGUUGAAAUUCAGGCCAUACUAGUAGCUUCUGAUUGCAUUCCACAAUGGCUGACAAGGCAUCUGCCCAGCAUGGCCUCUUCUAGGAAAGUACCUCUGAUUGUUGUGACGGAUAAGAAAGGGGGCUCAACGAGAUUAGGUGAACUGGUUAAACUGAAAACAGCAAUUGCCAUUGGAGUUAAGGUUAAAGGUAAUGCCAUCAAUCGACAAAUUGAGGAGAUUCUCCAGGGCAAGUUGGAAGGAUUGUGUGAAUUCAACUAGAACGCCGGGUACACAGUGCCUCUAACCAUCAUUUUGACAAGCAUCAACUUAUCACUGGUCACGGUGUAAGGGGAGACAGAUCAGUUUCAGAGGCGGCUCUAUGUAGGCCGUUGCAUGGUCAACUGAACACCCAAACAAUUUUUUUUUGCUUAGAAUACAUGUGAAAAUUAUGUGUAAGCGUUUUUUUGAACACCCAACUCAAAUAUCAUUGAACACCUAAUUCUAACAUU